UGAGUGGAGUGUUGAGAGCUGAAAGCAGAUUUACAAAUGUGCCCCAAGCAGAAAACAGAGACCAAUCACCCUGUGAUAAUAGAGCAAAAACCAGACAACACAGUGUUCCUCUAGGAGUAAGGCUCUUCUCUGUGGGCAAGAUUUGUCAAAGCAAUACCUCAGUGUAGAGACUGGGGACACUGUUGACCUGACUGAAGUUAUUUCACUUUUCUAUCUGAUCUGCUGUCUUUGACAGCUGGCAGAAUGUGAUCUCCCCGCACAGGUGCUGUCAAUAACCGUCAUCAAUACAUACAUUAUACACUCCCGAGAAUGCCCGAAAUUAAAGUUAGAGAAUAAGAAGUACUUUUGAGUGGUCGAAGUCGUAUUGUUGGAAGCACCAGGGAACACCGUUAUAACAAUAAUAAUAAUAAUAAUAAUAAUAACAACAACAGCUCUGUUCGCGGCUGGCAGCCGGGCCUGACGCCAGGCCCCGCCCACCCCGCAGGUCUGAGCCUCUGCGGCGCUGGCACGUGACGCACGUGCAGCUCGUGGGGCUGCUCCGCGGCCUGCAGAGGGAGUCAGUCAGUCAGUCAGGCCGCCAGGCGCCGUGACGGACACAGACCCCACCAGCGCUCCGUGCGACGCGGCGGGCCGAGCCGAAGACAUGAAGAAACCUCGGAGACGAUGGAGAGUAAAUUCUACUCGGUGAAAUACGCGCAGGAUGUGAAGAACCUCUUCCCGAGCGCGGAGGGCGGGCAGUCCGAGAGGACCAAGACCUUGUUUGAGGAAAUCCGUGCCUCUGUAAACAACAACGAAGACCAGGACCGGUCCUUCUGGAGGCCGGUUCUUCCUUGGGGGGGUGUCUACACCAUCAAGGCUGGGCGGAAAGCCAUCUCCUGCACCCCCCUGUAUGUGAAAAUUAACCUGAAGAACACAUGCACCAUCGAUGGCUUCCUCAUGCUGCUCUAUGUCAUUCUGCGGGAAAACCAGGCCUUCCCCAGGGAACUGUCCAUCUACCUUGGCAAGGAGUUUGUGGAUCACUUCCUGUACCUGAUGGAUUCCUACAAUUACACCACGGUGAAGCUGCUGUGGAUCUGGGACAAGAUGGAGAAGCGCCAGUACAGGUCGGAGAUCCACAAGGCGGCGCUGGAGAUUGACCUGUUCGGGAACGAGCACGAGAACUUCACCAAGAACCUGGAGAACCUCAUGUCUACCAUUCAGGAGAGCUACUGCUCCAACUGGAACUGCCCUGCUCGCUUUCAGGAGUACAUCCAAAGGACAGUAAACAUCAAUCCUCCACAUGAAAUGCCUCACAGAGACCUGAUUCAGUCAGCAGUGGAUGAAUUCUUCUGCCCUAAGAUAGUACUAUGUGAGGAAUUGGGGUGUGACGGGCUGCGGGAGUUUUCUCCCAGGGAGUUCUGCCACGGGCCUCCGCCCUUUGUCAUUUUAAACAUGCAGCUGUGGAAGUCUGAGGAGCUGGCGUACGUGCCCUACCACCUCGCCCUCUCCGAACACAGGUAUUUGCUAGAGGGAGCCACGCUUUUCAACAAGGAGGAGCACCAUUACUCAGCCGCCUUCCAGAUUGACGGGUACUGGAUGCACUAUGACGGACUCCGCAACGACAACCUGAUUCUGCUCAAUAAGCCUCCUGAGCUGCUGCUGCUCUCCUCACUGGUCUACAUCCGUGCCUCGGAGAGAUGAGCUCAUCUGGCCUUGGGUACGGGAAGACAGGGAACAAAAGGCAUUAUCAGAAGCCCAAGUGAACGUUAACCUUUUUUUUUUGUUUUUACCCCUUUAUGAAAAUUACUGACACAUUAAACACUUUGGUGUAUGCGUUUAAUGAAUUUUAUUUCCAUGUAACUGUUAUUGCAUUUUUUUAUACCUUUUAUAGUUUUCAGAGUGUGUGUUGAUUGUACACUACUCCAAUACAUCAUGGUGAAGUGCGAGUUGGUAUGAUGAUGGUCACAUUAAUUACAGUUCAAGGCUGCAGCACAAAAACAAAGUGUCAGGCAGGAUAGUUAGAUAUGUUGGUAAUGUUGCAUCCCUUGAUAUUUUGUUCUGAAUUGGUUAGGUGUCUUGCUGAAAAAUGUAUUUAUUCCAUAAUCCCAUUGUUUCUUUAAAGAACUCUUGGGCCAAAGUUGUCAUUAGAGCCCUAUUUUGCCAGACUGCGGUUAAUUAUAUUACUCGGCACGCAAAACAUAGCUUUUUUGGGGGCUUGCUUGGAAUCCAAGAAUAUGUAUGGACUAUAAUAGUUCUGAUUUCAGAUCAGACUGGUGCUUAUUGAGACUCUGCAUUAGAGAGUAGCUGGUGUAUAAGAGGUUUAAUAGCAUGUCAGAGCGGGGUGGUGAACACCUACCAACUGGGGAUAUAGCUUCACUAUUGACAAGCUUACGAGUGUUAAUUAAUUUCAUUGUUCAGUGAAUAUUUUCAUGAUCACUACUGUGGAUCUCUUUCCUGUUCAAACUCCAGAUUCUCAAAUGUUGAAAUGGGUAACCUUACACUUUGUGUGAAAUAAAGAUAUGAUGAUAUGAAAAGGCUCACCGUGCAGUCACUGUUGAAGAUGCAAAGUCCCUUUAAAGAAUGUUGUGUCCAUAGCUGCAGCUUUGACACUAACUUGGUCAUGCUUUUCCUAAGUGGACAGUAAUACCAAUUGCUAGGCUGCCAGGGGACAGGUGCUGAUGGGAAGUCAGAAUCUAUUUGGACAAGCUUUUAAUUUGGUAAUGCUUGUCUGAAAAGUGCACUGUUGUAGCAAUAUAUAUAGAAGCAUAUUCAGAAAACAUUUACUUCUGGCUUUGCUAGUUGGUUUCUUUUUGUGGUGUUCUCUGUGAACUGUUUUAGAAUGGCUCUAUACUUAGAAAUGUACAUGUAAACUAUUUGCAGAUCAAAUGCAAGUAAUCAGUAUACAGUAGAGGUAGUCUUCUGUUUGGUCACAACUUUAAAAGCACAAGAGCUGUGUUAAGACACUGGGGUGUUUAUUCUUAUCAAAGCAGUGUGGAACAUUGUGUUUUUUCAUACAGAUAAAAUGUUUUGCAUGGUAGCUAGCAAAAUAAAGAUUAAAGGAGUCUUUGUAGAUGGAGGGCCUGAAUUGGUGUCUGAAGGCCCCCUGUUUCAUACCAAAGGCAAUGAAAAAUGUGUAAGGAGAACUAUCUAAAUCAGUUUAUACUUACUUUGUCACAUGUUCUGGAUUUUUUUCUCCCCACUAUGAAUAAUGAUCUUUUAAACUCACCGCAGUAAUAUUGACAUCUUAACAUUAAGAAUUAAAUGUUUUCACAUUAAUGCCCUUGUUACAAUUACAUUUAAUUUAUUAAAUUUGAAGUAUGAAGUAAGCUUAACAACUUCUAGAUUAACUUUGCAAAAAUGUGCAUGUUGACACUGCUUUGAUAUAUAUUUCUGGCUUUAUGAUCCAUCUAAUACUUAAUACGUGCAGAUAUAUUCUGUAAUUAUGGAAAGUACCUUGGUAGUGUUCCUUAUGUUCGUAAGCAGAAGAUUUUUACAGUCUAUCACUAGCUAUGCAGUUAUUUAUAUAUUUUGUUUUGUAAAAAUGAAAAUAUUUUUGUAUACAAGUAUUGACCAUAAUAAACUCUUGUUUUAA